GCUCCGCGCCGCGCCCCGCAGGGUCCCCGCGCCCCCGGCGGGAUGGGCAGGACGUGAGGAGGGGACGGGAGCGCUGCCCGGGAAUGGGGGUCUGAGAGGGGCCGGGCAUCAUCUCCUGCCAACAGGCACCAUGGGCUGCUGCUGCAGCUCAGACUACGACGAGGACUGGAUCGAGAACAUCGACAUCUGUGACCACUGCAAUUACCCCAUCGACCCCGACAGCAAGAACCAGAGGCUGAUCCUCAAUGGCUCCGAGGUGCAAGACCCUCUGGUGUCCUACGAGUCCACGUCCCCGCCGUGCUCCCCCAUGCAAGAUAAGCUGGUGGUGGCCCUGUACAACUACGAGCCCAAGCACGACGGGGACCUGCGGCUGCGGAAGGGAGAGAAGCUCCGUGUCCUGGAGGAGAAUGGGGAGUGGUGGAAGGCACAGUCGCUCACCACCGGCCAGGAGGGAUUGAUCCCCUACAACUUCGUGGCCUUGGUGAACAGCCUGGAGCCCGAGCCGUGGUUCUUCAAGAACAUCAGCCGCAAGGACGCCGAGCGGCAGCUCCUGGCGUCGGGCAACACGCACGGCUCCUUCCUCAUCCGGGAGAGCGAGACCUCCAAAGGCUCCUACUCGCUGUCCGUGCGGGACCUGGAUGAGACCCAGGGAGAGACGGUGAAGCACUACAAGAUCCGGAACAUGGACAACGGCGGCUUCUACAUCUCCCCCCGCGUCCCCUUCGGCAGCCUCAGGGAGCUGGUGCAGCACUACACACGCAGCUCCGACGGGCUCUGCACCCGCCUGGGCAAACCCUGCCGGACGCAGAAGCCGCAGAAGCCGUGGUGGCAGGACGAGUGGGAGGUGCCCAGGGAGUCCCUGAAGCUGGUGGAGAAGCUGGGAGCGGGGCAGUUCGGAGAGGUCUGGAUGGGCUUCUACAACGGGCACACCAAGGUGGCUGUGAAGAGCCUGAAGGCGGGCAGCAUGUCCCCCAGUGCCUUCCUGGCCGAGGCCAACCUCAUGAAGAACCUGCAGCACCCGCGGCUGGUGCGGCUCUACGCCGUGGUCACCAAGGAGCCCAUCUACAUCAUCACCGAGUACAUGGAGAAGGGCAGCCUCGUGGACUUCCUCAAGACCUCGGAGGGAGUCAAGCUUGGCAUCAACAAGCUCCUGGACAUGGCUGCACAGAUUUCCGAAGGCAUGGCCUUCAUCGAGGCCAAGAACUACAUCCACCGUGACCUGAGGGCUGCCAACAUCCUCGUCUCGGAGGCGCUGUGCUGCAAAAUCGCCGAUUUCGGGCUGGCCCGGCUCAUCGAGGACAACGAGUACACGGCUCGAGAGGGGGCUAAAUUCCCCAUUAAGUGGACGGCGCCGGAGGCCAUUAAUUACGGGACGUUCACCAUCAAGUCGGACGUGUGGUCCUUCGGGAUCCUGCUCACCGAGAUCGUCACCUACGGCCGGAUCCCGUAUCCAGGGAUGACCAACCCCGAGGUGAUCCAGAACCUGGAGCGGGGGUACCGGAUGCCGCAGCCCGACAACUGCCCCGCGGAGCUGUACGAGCUGAUGAGGCAGUGCUGGAAGGAGAGCCCCGAGGAGCGCCCCACCUUCGAGUACAUGAAGAGUGUGCUCGAGGACUUCUUCACCGCCACCGAGGGCCAGUACCAGCAGGAGCCCUGAAGGGCCACGGGACCCACUCCCCCGUGCUGGGGUGCUGGGAGUGCUCCCCUGCGUCAAACCCCCCCAGACUCCAUGAGCAUCACGGUGUUGGUGGACUCUCCCCUGGACCUCGGCAGUAAAGAUUUGGAGCACUCCAGACUUUGGGAGGGGCAGAUUUUACCCCCCUCAGGAGGGGAUGGAUGGCCAGGGCAGACCCCCAGCGGCGGCAGGCUGGCAUGGGGGGCUCAAUGGGUGCCCACCACGUUUUUCCAGGGUGGAAAUCCAGCCUCCAGCCUCACCUGGAGCUGCCCAGGGGU